GUUUCUAACGUUCAGCAAUAUGAAAGGACUGCUGAUUAUCUUUUUGGCUUACGUAGUCUUUGUUAGUGCAGCUAACAAAAAUAACAAAAAAGAUGUCAAUAAACGAAGCUACUUAUUUCCCUCCGAUGAUUUAGUACAAGGAAUAGACUACCAAGCUCCUUACUCAACAUAUUCAUCAGCUAUUUCAGCUCCAGGAUCCAUAAUUAGUUCAGCUCCUCUAUCAUCCGGUUAUUUAACACCAAUAUCAACUUCUCGGUCAGCGUAUGUAUCACCAAUUUCAACAGCUGAUUCAGUUUCAUUCUCAAACGCUGGUUUGACUUCUUAUCCAGCAAUUGACACAUCAGUAUAUUCUCCUUCCAUCUCAUCUGUUGGUUCGAGUUAUUAUCCAACAGUUGAUUCGGGUUUAUAUCAAUCCGCUCCCGUCUCCUCAGUUCGUUUGCAAUCAUAUACAGCAGCUGAAUCACCUUCUGUUUCUUAUGUUCAACCCCAAUACAAUGUGAUCAACAAAAAAGUUCCUGUGUACGUUUCCAAACCAGUACCUUACGAAGUAACGAAAACAGUAAAAGUUCCAACUCCUUAUAAAGUAACCGUUCCUAAGCCCUACGCUGUGCCAGUAAAAGUAAAUGUACCAGUGGAAAUACCAAAGCCAUACGAAGUAAAAAUUGAACACAAAGUACCUGUUCCAGUAGCCGAAAGAGUACCAAUAGAAAUUCCAAGACCAUAUCCAGUUUACAAAACUAAGAAAGUUCCAGUGGAAAUUGAAAAGCCCGUCUACGUCAAAGAGAAAAUAGAAGUACGUUAUCCAGUUCCAAAACCAUACCCUGUGGAGGUACCUAGCGCCGUCCGUGUUAAAGUACCACAACGAAUUCUUAUCAAAGAGCCUCAAUUUGUGUCCUCAGUAGGUACAUACGAUAACGCGUUCAGUGUACCAAACUUUGUCUAUGGAAAAUCAGUCGAUAAUGCAUAUAUACCAACUUCAUAUGGUAAAACCAUUUUAUCAUCUUCAUCAGCAGCAAAAUCGCUUGAUGAUUCCAUUUCAACAAGUGUACAAGAAAGUGCCGCGAUUGGACAAACUCUUACUCAACUUUCGGAACAAUCUUUGAUAUCAGGCCAAACAGGUUAUGAUCAAGCAGUCCAAGGUUUUGGUGGUCAAUCCUUCGGAAUAGAUCAGGGAUUCCAAACUGGUUUCGGUGGAAACUAUUUCCCAGGUCUCCAGCAAACUUCUGAUUUUUCUGUUGACGGGCUCCAAUCGUAUGAAGAUUAUAGAAAAACACACCUAUCUAAUGGAGUUAUAAACGAUGAAAAGGAAUCUGUUUCUGUAGAAGCAAAAUCUGGAGAUUUAGACAAAUCAAACGUGGAGGGCGGAAAUGACGCCGUUGAAUCUACAGAAAAUAGUACACCAACUCCAGUUAGUGCAACUGAAAGCGAAACUGAAUCAUCAGAAGGAUUCAAUAGUGAUGAAUCCACAGUGCCAUCUCAAACUACUGAUAUUUUGUGAAAAGUCAAAUCUAAAUACGCAAAGUUAUGAAUUUAUAUUUUUUAAAUGAAUUUAUUUGUGUUGAUAAUUGUAAUACUGUUUUAAUUAAAAGAUAUAUCUCUUUAUAUUUA